AUGACACUUGGUUCAAGUUCACCAGAAAUUCUUUUAUCAAUUACUGAAAUAGUUGGAAAUCGUUUUGAAGCAGGAGAACUUGGACCUGGUACUAUUGUUGGUUCUGCUGCUUACAACCUUUUAAUGAUUACUGCUUUAUGUAUUGUAUCGAUAAAGUCUUCUGAAACAAGACGAAUAGAGUUAUAUACUGUUUUUAUGGAUCUUGGUCAAGCAAAACAUUUAUCGUUAGAAGAAAAGGCACAAUUAUUUGCAGCUAAAUUAACUGAAAGUAUGCCUCGAUCACGUAUGCAAUAUCGAAUGCAAGGUAUACGAAUGCUAACUGGUAGUAAAUCUUUAUUUCCAAAUUUAUUUGGCAAACUUCAAACAGGUUUGUAAAGAAUAAAUAAAAAGAAAUUCUUGUCUGUUUUUCUAUUUUCUACACUUCAUUGAUUUCUAUAAAUUUUACCAAUAAAUAUAUCUAUACAAAUAUCACAACAAAUAUAUAAUAUAUUGAAACAACAUAAUUUAAUCGAAGAUAAAUAACAAACACUAUGAAUACUAUAAGAAACUAAUCAAACACUACUAAUUUGAUUUACCAAAACAACAUACUGUUAUGAAAAAUGAAAAAAAAAUUAAUGUUAUUGUGUGUAUCAGGUGUCUAUAUUUAUUGACAAAUAGUGUUAGAGGAUCGUUCAUAUAAUGUGUCAUUAAUCUUCCUAGAUUUUAAAACUCCUUUCUCGUUCAACUGAUAUCGCCACUUGUAAUUUUUUCUUUGAAUACUUCCUACGACAUAAUUAAAAUAGUUUUAUAAAUGCUUUAUGAGUUCGUGCCAUAAAUACUCUGUUCUUAUGCGUAAAAUUUUGUAUCGAAAAGAUAAAGUUAACAAUCAUUUUCAAAUAGAAGCAAAACUAGACCAAUAAAUUGUAUGUUAAACAAACAAAUCAAAAUUUUAUUAAUUCUUUCAUAAUAACCAUUAACUAGUAAUUAACCGAUGAUUAACUGAUAAUUAACCGUUAAUUAACUGAUAAUUUAACUAAUUAAAUAUAAUGAAAAAUAAAAGUGCUUGUUUGCCAAAAUGUAGCCCGUUAAAUUCUGCGUACAUCUUUCAGAUGUUGUGAAAUAACGUAGAAAUUAGUCAAAUACUAAAAGUAUGCUAAAUUUUUUUCUCUACGUUUUUUUACAGUGUUCAGUAUUUUGAC